AAUUUCGAACGUGGAUACGAAUUGAAAAUCAGUAAUCAAACUGUGUGGAUUACUAGUGGAUUAGGUGUCAUUACUAGUGACUUACUGGAAGGUAAUGAACAGGCGGGAGUAAAGAAUCACAAUACAUAUCAUAAAUGCCGUAACUGUAUGAUUCAUUAUAGUGAAUUGGAUAAUGUUAGUUUUAACACUGCGAGAUAUAGUCGUUACCAUCACAAAACCACAUUGCAAUUUUCUACCAUAAGGAGAGUUCAGACUCAAGCACAACGUGAUGCACUUGCUAUGCAAUACGGUGAUCUUGUCAAAGAAAUGCUUCAAUCAACAUUUGAAAUCUUAUCUUCAAAAGGAGAGACUGAAUUUUUGAAAACUGCUGGCUUUGAGAAAGUUCUUAAUGAUGAUUUAUUUGCCGAACUUAGACACGCAUAUAAAGAAGAACUUGGUUGUGUUGAACAUCUUACAUCACAAACU